AUGAUUCCCUUUACCUACUCCCAGUUUCCCAUUGAUGCCUUGCGUGUGCGUACACGCAAGGUAUUUUCAUUAAUAUGUAUCGAUACUUCCAUCGAACUCAGCUACUGCCUUGUUUAUCUACAUGAAUCACGAAUAUGGACGAACGAUUUCAGUCAGACUGUUGCCAAGUUCGUUGUGGCGUCCUUGUUGCGCUCUGGUCUUUCGUGUCUGACCGGCCGCGUGAGUCAUCUAACGGCCCCUUCCGUCCUGGGUGCUGCUCGUUGCGCUUCUACGGUCGCUAAGGAUUACACAAUCAUUGAUCAUGCAUAUGAUGCCGUUGUCGUAGGGGCUGGUGGUGCCGGACUUCGUGCUGCCUUCGGUCUGGCCAAUGAAGGUUUUCGCGUGGCUUGUGUCACCAAACUCUUCCCAACGCGAUCACAUACUGUUGCUGCCCAAGGUGGUAUCAAUGCUGCUUUAGGGAAUAUGGAAAAGGAUGACUGGCGGUAUCACAUGUUUGACACCGUUAAGGGUUCGGACUGGCUAGGCGACCAGGAUGCAAUUUACUACAUGUGCGAACAAGCACCAAAGGCUGUUAUCGAACUGGAAAACUACGGAAUGCCUUUCAGUCGGACGGAAGAUGGAAAAAUCUACCAACGUGCUUUUGGUGGCCAGAGCAUCAAUUACGGCAAAGGCGGCCAGGCGCAUCGUUGUUGCGCUGUAGCUGACCGGACGGGUCAUUCACUCCUACACACUCUUUAUGGUCGCUCCCUCCGAUACAGCACAGACUAUUUCAUCGAGUAUUUCGCGCUGGAUCUCCUCAUGGAGAAUGGUGUUUGCCGUGGCGUAAACGCGAUUUGUCUCGAGGAUGGUACCAUUCACCGUUUCCGGGCCAAGAACACAAUUCUUGCUACCGGGGGUUAUGGCCGCGCCUACUUCUCCUGCACUUCUGCGCAUACGUGCACAGGUGACGGUACUGCUAUGGUCACCAGAGCGAAUCUCCCCAAUGAAGACAUGGAGUUUGUCCAAUUCCACCCUACUGGAAUCUAUGGCGCUGGCUGUCUCAUCACCGAAGGCUGCCGUGGCGAAGGUGGAUAUCUGAUUAACAGCAAGGGUGAACGUUUCAUGGAGAAGUAUGCGCCAAACGCCAAGGAUCUAGCUUCAAGAGAUGUUGUCUCUCGCGCCAUGACUAUUGAGAUUCGAGAGGGACGUGGCGUUGGUCCGCGAAAGGAUCAUUGCUACCUUAAGCUCAACCACUUGCCCGCUGAGGUUCUCCACUCGCGUCUUCCAGGAAUAUCGGAGACCGCAAUGAUCUUUGCUGGUGUUGAUGUGACAAAAGAGCCUGUUCCAGUCUUACCCACUGUCCACUAUAAUAUGGGCGGCGUGCCUACUAAUUAUAAGGGACAGGUGAUAACCUACGAUCCCGUCGCCAAAAAAGACAAGCUUGUGCCCGGAUUGUAUGCUGCUGGUGAGGUCGCAUGCGCGUCUGUACAUGGAGCCAACCGUCUGGGUGCUAAUUCGCUCCUCGAUCUUGUUGUAUUCGGGCGUGCUUGUGCCCUCGACAUUGCUGAAAAGCAUAAGCCCAAUGACCCUGGGCCCGAACUUCGUGCUGAUACGGGAAUGGAGUCCAUUGUCAACAUUGACAAGCUCCGCUCUGGCAAGGGCGAAUUCCCAGUAGCUGACGUCCGUCUAGAAAUGCAACUGACAAUGCAAGAGCAUGCCGCUGUCUUCCGGGAGGGACCUACAUUGAAAGCCGGGUGUGAGAAGAUGUUGAAGUUGUACAACGACAAGAUGCACAAACUAAAGAUUACAGACAAGAGCAUGAUUUGGAAUUCGGACCUCGUCGAAGCAAUUGAGUUGCAGAACCUGAUGCUCAAUGCCAUCCAGACAAUUGUUGCGGCUGAGGCUCGCAAGGAAUCUCGUGGCGCCCACGCCCGCGAAGACUUCAGACAGCGCAUUGAUGAGUAUGACUAUUCCAAACCUAUCGAAGGCCAGACUAAGAAGCCCUUCUCUGAGCACUGGCGGAAACACACUCUAACGACGCAGAAUGUUGAAACCGGUGCUGUGAAGCUUGAGUACCGCCCAGUUAUCGAUGGCACCUUGAACGAGAAGCUCUGCCCUUCUGUCCCACCAAGGAUUCGUUCCUACUAA